CAAUCGAUAUGAAUAGUCACGUUUAAAGAUACAGUUGAAGUUGGGAUUUAAUUGAACAACUUUUGUAGUGACGACGCUUCUACCAGUAAGGAUAUUUCAAAGAAAGAUUUAAAUGAGAAGCCUCUAUCUAAAAGGGAGUUGAAAAAGAAGAAAGCUACCCUGGCAAAACUCGAAAAGAAGAAGGACAAAGAAAUUCGUGCCAUAAAUAUGGCAUAUAUCUAUCUAAAGAAGUGGAAACAUUGUAAAAACGAAUGGAAAUUCGAGAAGCUCAGGCAGAUCUGGUUGAUAGACAAUUUACUGAGCAGCUAUAGCAUUAGUGACGAAAUUUUCCCUAUCGUUCUGGAAUACUUUGAAAAGUGCAGAGGCUCGGCGCGCGAAACGUUAAUAGAAAAGGCAAUGGAACUUAUGAAAAAAGCUGAGGCGGAGGAGGACGAGAAAGACAAGAAAGAGCUUAUGAAGACAACUCCUUAUAAAAGAGCGCGACAAGUUUUACAGACUUUAUCACCUAGCGAGGAAAUUUGAACCUCGAAAAAUUUCAUGAGAAAUAAUCGCGAAAAGAGCAGCAUCAAUAUGUUGGAUCCGAGAGAUGGUAUACGAAAAAUUUCGGCAGCUUGUGCGAGGAAGUUUCACACAUUUUUUGUCGAACCGACAUUUUAGUUCAAUUGUAUCACGAUGACUGCGGCAAUUAAUUGAUUUGACGCUUCACAUACGACAUUAUGUGUAACAUUAGUCAUUUUAUCUCAUAAUUUCAAUUCAUCAUAAAUAAAAAUGUUUAUAUUUUUAA